CCACGUCCCAGCGGCGCUAAGCCCGGUCCGGUCCCGCUCGCCUCCAUGGAGGCGGCCAACGGGGCUGUGCCCGAGGGAGCGGCGGGGAGUUCCCGCGGCAGCGCGGCCGCCCCGUCGGGCAAGAAAGAGGUGAAGGUGGUGAUCGUCGGGGACGGCGGCUGCGGGAAAACUUCGCUGCUGAUGGUUUACGCCAAGGGCUCCUUCCCCGAGCAAUACGCGCCGUCCGUCUUCGAGAAGUAUACAACCAGCGUUACGGUGGGAAAAAAGGAGAUCACCCUGAACCUGUACGAUACGGCAGGGCAGGAGGACUACGAUCGGUUACGGCCUCUUUCUUACCAGAACACGAACGUCGUGUUGAUUUGUUACGAUGUCAUGAACCCCACUAGCUAUGAUAAUGUAGCAGCUAAGUGGUAUCCUGAAGUAAACCACUUCUGCCGAGGUGUCCCGCUGGUGCUGAUCGGCUGCAAGACGGACCUGAGGAAAGACAAAGAACAGCUCCGUAAGCUCAGGGCUGCUAAGCAGGAACCCAUUACUUACAGCCAGGGUGAAGCAGCUUGUCAGCAGAUUAAUGCAGAAAUUUAUCUGGAGUGCUCAGCAAAAUGUCGUGAAAACAUAGAAAAUGUUUUUAAAAAAGCAACAACCAUUGCACUGAAUGCCAUGAAAAAAGCCAAGCGCCGAAAGAAGCAGACAGCGUGCUCAGUGUUAUGAUCUGGACUGCAAGAGAGCACUUGAGAGCCAAGCAAUUCAGAACUGAAAUGACUCAGCAUGUGCAGAGCUCCCCAACUCUGGAGAACCAGGGCCACUGCUCAGAUCCAGCAGGUUCCAGCAUCGCUCUCAAAAUAAAACAAUUUACAUUUCAUACAUGGAGAGUUCAAAGGAGGAAAGAACAACCCCACAGGGUGUGCAGAAGUUAACAUAGCAACACACAGCCCAGCUAAUAUGGAAGUUAUUCAAAAUAUGCAAAUUGCAAUUUAUUAUUCAUCCCUGCAGGACAGCAACACUGUGAAGGUAACUUGGCUAGCCUGGCAGCAACACAACAACUGAUGACACCAUUUCAAGUCUGUAGUACACAUAAUUUCUUCAUGAGGACAGGUACAGGGAGAAGGGCAUAAUUUUCACCAUCUUCCCAGUCUGGGCUUUGUACUGGCUCUGAGGAAGCCACCCUUAGGAGGGACACUGCCUAAAGCAGCACAAAGUAUUGGCCUUAGGAAGUACAGGUGUUAAGAGCACCCAAAACAAGCUUAUUUGGAUGAGUAAGUUGAAGUACAAGCAGCACAAGGAAUUAAGCAGGACAGCAGUCAGGAUUUGUCCCCUGCCAUCCUCCUGAACCAGAGUUUACAUUCUCUUAGUCAUCAGUACAACUGGAGCACCUAAAUAAAAUGUUUAAUAUCUCUGCUGAGCCUGUCUUCCCCUUUCCAGAACAGCACUGGGAGCAAGAAAAUACUGAAACCAGAAACCAAUGUGCAAACGUGCUUUAUGCCACUGAUCAAGGGAAAAUGUUUUCUCAAAAAUCA